AUGGCUCCCUCCUCAGCAACAAAACCCCGUGGUCGGAAGCGCAAGAAAAAGCAGUAUGGACGAAACAAGAAACCCAAGACAGAAACAGUCCACAAGAAGAAAAGUAGUGCCAAACUAGUCGCCGAGGAUGAUGGUGGAGAUUGGUAUCAAGCAGAGAAUGUUGUGGAUGCUCGGAAGAAUGACAUGGGUGGUUGGGAAUUCCGAGUUCGCUGGGUUGGCUUUGGUCCGAACGAUGACACAUGGGAGCCCGAGUCAAAUCUCUGUGAUACCCUUUUUGAGUCUGCCCGCAAAUUCAAGCUGGAGAUGGAUGAAACUCUGCAGAAGGAUUUGGAGGACCUGUGCAAGGAGGACCCCCCUGAAGUAGAGGAACAAUUGCAAGUUGAUGAAACCAUUGAUGUUCAAUUCACCAACGAAGGAGAUACCAGCCAGCCAGAAAUGAAUGAUGACGGACAUCAAAAGAAUGAUGAGGUUGGCAAUGAUGCUGCCGCUGCAGCCGAAUUGUGGGAAUGGAAUGAUCAAGAGCAGGUCACGUUUAGAGACAUUCAAAGGAUCAAUAUCAACGAUCCAGAUGCAAAAGAGCGGAUCACUGCAGCAAGAGAAAAUGGCACCCCUGUCUGCCUAAUAGGCCAUGUUGGAUGGGCUCAAUUUGCCUCUCGCUGGCUAAGGAAGCCAUCCGGAGAGCAUGACGAAAAAGAUCCUGCUGGUGGAACCAACGAAGAAACAUCAGCUUUGCCUAUUGAGGCCAACAAUGCAACAUCAACUUUAUCUGAGGACACCGAUGGAAAAGCAACAGCUUUGCCCAAGGAAUCCAAGGAUGAAAUAGCAACUUUGCCAAAGGAAUCCAAAGAAGGAACGACAACUCUCUCUGAGGAAACCGAUGGAAAAACGACAAUUUUGACUGAGGAAACCAAAGAAGCAACUUCAUCUGGGGAGGACACAGCAGAAGUAACGGCUUCGUCUACGGAAGACAUGGCGGCUUCAUCGGUGGAAGGCUCCGAAGAAGAAACAAAGGAACCAUCCGAGGGUGGCUUGAAGUCGUCUACUCCUGAAGAAACCGCCAAAGAAACAGCAGCUUCAUCAGAAACAAGUAUGGAGAUUGACCAACCUGUUGCCCGACCAGCUAGAGUUUCGGAAGGGUCCUCUGUUGGGUCUCCAAUUCUUGGAACCACAAAUGACACGACAAUUGAACUUUCUGAUACAUCGAGCCAAUAUUCCGCACCUGCUUCGAUCCCAGUAGAUGAUACUGUACCCACUGAGUGGCUUGACUUGUCUCAAGAAUGGGAAGUUGAUGUUCAGAAAAUGAUGAAUGAUAUAGGAGACGAGUUUGUCCCAGUUGUCAAGAAGGGAUACGAUGAAUUGAAUCCCAUCCAUAAAGAAGUUCCUGCAUCAUAUUUCUUAAAGAGGAGCUGGCCCGCAGAUGUUGGUUCCAGCGAGGGAACCUCCAAGAAUGUUCAACGCUUAUAUCUGCACCAGUGGCAGUUUCCUCUUUCAGUGGCGAAGUACAAGCUUUGCGGCGACAACUGUCACAAUCCGCUGCCCAAUGACAUCUUUGGGGAAGAUAUCCUUGCGAGCUAUCAAGAUAAGCAGACUGGCAACCCCUUUCAGUACAUCUUCAUGGGAAGAGAAGAAACCAUGAGCAAGAUCCACCGCGACCCAGGCGGCCUGGAAAUUACCAUUGCCCCAGUGGUUGGUACCAAGGAAGUUCUCCUGGUGCACCGUUCGGACGGGUCUUGUAUAGAUCAUCUCUAUGCAAAUCUUGACCGGAUUAAUCUUCACAGGAAUCCAUUGCUGCCACAUGCUCGGAUGUACAAGUCUGUCAUCAAACCUGGCGAAAUCUUGUUAAUGCCCCAAGGCACAUACCACCAGUGCCGAAAUGUUACCCCCUGUCUGUCGUAUUCGAGGUUUCUUCUCGACGCUGUCAAUCUAAGGGCAUUCUUCGAGUCCAUGACGGAUGGCGAUGCACCUGAAAUUCCUCAUCAGACUAUCAUUUGGAAUGCAGCUUAUGAACUGUUCCAGCACAUUGAUGCUUACGAGGCUGAGGUGGUAAAGCAACGCAAGAACUCACGCAACCGAACGGCGGUAAUAUUGGACCCCCCAGUAGAGAUUGUUCGAAAGGUCAACACACUGCGUGCACUUCGCAACAUCUGCCGCGCGAUUCACAUUCGAUAUGAGAAGGGAAUCAGCAACCCCGACGGAUUGGAUGUAUGCGACAAAUCUGGUGAGCCUCUGUUUGGCGCACUUUCCGAAGAAAAGGAAAAGUGGGCCAAACUGCUUCGAGACGUUGACUGUACUCUGCAUGACUUUCGGUUUCGCAAUUCUUCUUCAAAGCCUGCCUUUCGUCAACGCGGAGCCCCCCGCAAAGCAUCUGCGAAUGCCCUUGCUGGGCCAUCGAGUGCUUUUCCAGGCAGCCCCAAAUCUUUGCUUGAAGUUGAGUUAUCCCGCCUUCCGUCUGUCGUGGAAUCAUGUGACAACAGUCAUCCAAAGAUUGCCGACAUUGGCAACAAAGUAGAGGUAACGUUCCAUGGCCGCCGAGCAAAGGGAGUGGUCCAGAAAGUAGAGACAUCCAUGCAAGCAGCACUUCUUCAGUUCGAAGGGAUGCCGUUGGUGUACAAUGAGUUUCAACCUUACCGCUCUCUCCGAGCGCCCGUUUCGGGAGAAAGCUGCACAGAGAUUCGUGCAGAAGAUGUGAAACUGGGGAAGCUGGUUGUAUGCCGUGCUGGACAGCAGGAAUAUCGCGGGGUGGUGAGAGAAUGCAUCAACGAAGACUUCAUGUUUGUGAAACUGAAAAUCGGCAAAAAUGCCUAUGAACGAUGGCUCCCCUUCAAGGCUCUCUUGAGCGCUGAAGCCGACGACAAUAAGCCCACCACUGAAGCUGCGAACAGCAUGUCCACUGAAGCCGACAACGCCGAGUCAGCUCAAGACAGCGAGUCCCCCACCGCUAUUGCUAGAUCUGAAAAAAGCAUGUCCACUGAAGCCGACAACGCCGAGUCGGCUCAAGACAGCGAGUCCACCGCUGCAGCUGGAGACGGCGAGUCGAACACUGCCGACAAGAGCGAGUCCACUGCUGAAGCUAACGACAGCGAGUUCACCGCUCCCGACAACAGCGAAUCCACCGACUGCUCCGGUGAUGUUGGUAUGAAAUAA